AUGUCGGUCAGAGUUCUCCCUCGAUACUUAGGCGUCCUUGUCUCGCAGCUGUUAGUAUCUUUCGGGUGCAUCACAGCGGGCUGUGUCAGCAUCUUUGGAAUUAUUAUCAACGCUGGCUGGAGAUGGUCCUCACGUGUUGUGAUACAGCUGCUCAUGCUGGUGCCACAGCAGCCACCGGUCGAAAUCUUUGCGUCAGGUCACGCCACGGAAAAGGGACGGGCACGGCCUGCCGUGAAAAAGCCAAUGCAGAAAAAGCAGUUAACCCACAAGCUCGGCCCAGUCGACCAACAUCUUCUCCCUGCCUCCCAAGUCGUCUAG